GGCGGCCUGUGCGCCUCCGCGGGUUCCGGAGGAGGGCUUCUCGGGCUGGGCAGGCGGGGUGCGCGCCCGGUAACCCUGCCGCUGCGGCGAUCUUGUGCCAGCCGCCGCCGACUCCGGGUGCCCGAGCAGUCAAGCUGGUAUUUUGCUCUUUUGAGACAAGGUCUCUCUGUGUAACUCAGGUUAGAUUAGAAGGAAGAAGGUUUUAAAUGCCAGAGCCGUUUAACCAAUGGUUUAGCUGUUGAAUUCUGACACUUCUUUUGCCAACCUGUUCGUUGGGAAAAAUUCAGAAAAAACAGAUGUGUAUAUCUACAUAGGCUAUGGCUAUACCAAUAACAGUGCUUGACUGUGAUCUCUUGCUGUAUGGCCGAGGUCACCGGACCUUGGACCGUUUUAAGCUGGAUGAUGUGACUGAUGAAUAUUUGAUGUCCACGUAUGGAUUUCCACGACAGUUCAUUUACUACUUAGUGGAACUCUUGGGGGCAAGUCUUUCUCGACCUACUCAGCGAUCUAGGGCUAUUAGCCCAGAAACUCAGAUCCUGGCAGCAUUGGGCUUCUAUACCUCGGGCUCCUUCCAGACUCGGAUGGGAGAUGCAAUUGGGAUUAGCCAAGCCUCCAUGAGCCGAUGUGUUGCCAAUGUCACUGAGGCCCUCGUGGACAGGGCCUCACAGUUUAUUCACUUUCCAGCAGACGAGGCCGCCGUCCAGUCUCUGAAGGAUGAGUUCUGUGGGCUGGCUGGGAUGCCAGGAGUCAUAGGGGUGGUUGACUGUAUCCACGUGGCAAUCAAGGCACCGAAUGCUGAAGACCUCUCUUAUGUGAACGGCAAGGGUCUGCAUUCUUUGAACUGUCUGGUGGUGUGUGACAUCAGAGGGGCACUGAUGGCUGUGGAGACACGCUGGCCGGGCAGCCUCCAGGACUGUUCCGUGCUACAGCAGUCUUCUCUAUGCAGUCAGUUUGAGACUGGGAUGCAUAGAGAUAGCUGGCUUCUUGGGGACAGUUCCUUCUUUCUCCGCACCUGGCUCAUGACUCCACUUCGUGUUGCUGAAACCCCAGCAGAGUAUCGCUAUAACAGGGCCCAUUCUGCAACUCACAGUGUGAUUGAGAAGACUUUGCGAGCCCUCUGCUCUAGGUUCCGAUGCCUGGAUGGAUCGAAGGGAGCACUGCAGUACUCGCCGGAGAAAUCCAGCCACAUCAUCUUGGCUUGUUGUGUCCUUCAUAACAUUUCUCUAGAACACGGGAUGGAUGUUUGGUCCUCUCCAGUGACCGGACCCAUUGAACAGUCACCUGAGGACGAGUGUGAGCUAACGGAGUCCCUGGAUUUGGAGGCUGACCGAAUCCGGCAGGAACUAAUGCUCACUCACUUCAGCUAGUGUGGAAGGUGGAAGAAGGAGACUUUCUCCUUACCAGCCCACCACCAGGUUCUGGCAUCCAGUGAGACUUGAGACUGAAUGUGCACACUUGCCAUAAAUUAACAUUCAGUGUUUUAGAAGGGCAGGAGGUGGGGGAAGGCAUGCCAGCAAAUGUCAGUCAACUAGACUGAAACGAGACAAUGUUUCCCUGAUGUGUGGUGAGACCACACUGGGCACCACUCUGUUUCCCUGAUGUGCAGUGCAGUGAGGCCCACGCUGGGCACCACUCUUUACUGUUCUCUGGCCGCAACUGUAAAACUGUAGUAAAGGAUAACAGCACAUAACCAAAGCAUUUGUUGUUCUGGAGAUGUCAAAUGAAAACAAUAUUUUUCCUGA